AUGUCGCGCACACGUCCUCCGAACCCACGAGAAUUGAGCCGCCUACAGAAUCACUGUACUUUCCUCAUACCGCGCACCCGUACGUUUCUCUCUCCCGCGAUCAACAAUCACCUUCCCUGUAAACCGGACAACCACAACCUCGCGCAUUCGCGACUUCUGCACACCACAUCCUCUCGCAGCGCAGCUCGGCCGGCGCCUUCUACCCGAAAAAAAGCCUUUCAAAUAAAAGACACUGGCAGACCCGGGUCUCUGGGCCACCGACUCUCCAAGAGCCCUCCUGAGGAAGACAUCCCGUCUCGAAACAGCGUCGCCGAAGCUCAAGCUCAACUCCAGGCUCACCUGCAAACCCUCGAAAAGAAUGCAUUCCCACUUGUUAGUAUAAUGCUAAGGGAUGGGGUGCUUGAUAAGAAUGUGACACCCAAGAAAUUCAAACGGAUCGGAGCAACGCUGUUACGGAAUCUGUACACGUUGAACACUAUAUCUCCGGACGUAAUUCGCAAUAUUGCGCGGGACGAAGACGUAGACCUGGACACCAUUCUAGAUAUCGGCUUUGUCAUUGUGCGAGGGAACGCUGGAGCUAUUAAAUUGGUGAUCGCUUCCUGUUUCCGUGCUGGGUCGCUGGCGGCGCUCUUAAUUGUUGCAGCUCGUGCUCUCCAGGCUUGUCACGGCGGCGGUAACGUGUAUAAUGCAACCACAGUUCGCAAACCUUCGUCUGAUACCUCACUUUCUCGAAUUGCCGCCAUUGCGCAGUCCAAGAGUGAGCCGCAUAAUUCUGACCCGCGAGUCAAGCUCCUUUACGCGAAAUAUUUGGGCCUAUAUGGGAAGUACGAGCAGGGUAUAGCACUAGUCCAGGAGGUGUUGCCAUUGAUUGAACCCAGUCGAGUAUAUCGCAAGUCGACUCUAAAUAUUACUAACCUCCUUGAACCACCGUGGCAGCUGCUCGCAUGGCUAAAGCGUGAGCUGAGGUGGGCUCAAAUUCGGGGGGGGGAGAGAGGCCGUGGUGACAAAAAAGGGGAAGCAAAUGAUGUACUCUCCCAGGAGGAAGUGGAUGCGUUACGUCUCGGGGCGGUAGAGUACCAGGACCCAAUUGCACUGAUGCAAUAUGCCAGGUACAUGGGGGAGGAAAGUGGGAUACAGGAAUACGAAACAUACAUGGGACAGGCAGCUGCGGCUGGGGAAAAAGACGCGUGCCGGAAAUUAGCCAACUUCUACUAUCUCAUCUCAGUUGGAAAAUAUCCGCAGCUCGGGACGCGGGAUGCAAAAUCUACAAAGUUACAGGCGACUGCUGAGAUCACUACAGGGGACAUAGACUCGACGGAGACAGAAAACUCGAAGGGCGCUCUAUCAACAUUACUGUCCCACUUUGGCCCGCGUCCUCUUCACGAGUAUCGCGCCCUGGCGAUGGAAUGGUACCAUGUUGCUUUGGCCCAAGAUUGUUUCGGUUCAGGACUGCAUCUUUCUCUGCUCCAUGGACAGGACGGUAACCAUGAGGCUGCACGGGCAGUAUUUCAAGAAGUUGAAGAGCGCGCAGACCCCUCAAAAAUGACGGACUCGGCUCAAAAACUCAUGGCAGCACUCCGGGAAGGAACGAACGUGCCAGUAGGGUUGCCUCUUGAUGUGUAG